AUGGGGCUCGGCUUCUUCUGCGGCUCUGGAAAAAUCCGGCAUAAGUAUACCAGUGAAGAAGCCGAGGGUGAAUUGGACUUGAAACAGGGACGGCGGCGUGCAUGGCGGAAGAGUAAAUUUAAAUUUGGAGGUCCGAGUCAAAGCGGCGAUGCAUUUCCUUUGCUACAAAAAGGCGACUGCUUCUACGUGGAGAAUGGCAAGCGUUGGCUUAUUUACAAUGACACGUUGGACCGGGAGAUGCACGUCACGAUGCAUUUUGACGCGGAUGCUUAUGUUUUUGCAUGCGAGCGCACUCAACUUUCACGAGAGCCGAGCGGAUGGGUAGCUAAAAUUGUUGCCUACCCUCUCGAGACGGUGCCGUUUGUUUUUUUUGACUCACGUCAUGUGGUUUACAGUGAAAUGGAGACAGUGCCACAGCCACUGACGGAAGCGUACCUGCAGAAAGUCAAUACCGCGGCAGUGGCGAGGCUGCAGCAAGAAAAAGAGGAGCUGAUGGGGAUUGCCUCACGCUGCUGUGCGGAGGAGGAGAUUCUGCGCAUCUGUCGCCGCAAGGGAGUCAUGUACGUUGACUUGAGUUUUUUUCCGGGCCCAGGAUCGUUGGAGGGUACACAGGACGUGGAUAUUGUCAUGGACGCGGCGGAGAUCACAUGGAAGCGGGCCACAGACUACAUUCCGCAUGAGCGUCACGAUGAAAUUCAGCUUUUUCGCGGUCGUAUUGAUCCAAAGGACGUUGAUCAAGGUCAGCUGGGGAAUAGUUGGUUAAUGGGGGCGUUAAGUGCUCUUGCACGUUAUCCUUCUCUUGUGAAGGGACUAUUUUGUUCUCCCAUCGCAUCUCGGAAGACGCGAAAGGAACAAAAAUAUGGUGCCUACCGUGUUACACUCAAUAAACACGGCUGGUGGGAAAAUGUCAUUGUCGACAGUUAUCUCCCAACGAUUGGCUGCCAACCCGUUUUUGGCAGGUGUGCAAAUGAUCCAUGUAGAUUGUGGGUGUCGCUUGUUGAAAAGGCGUACGCGAAAGUUCACGGCUCAUAUGCAGCCAUUAAAGAAGGCGACUCGUUGUCUGCGCUGCGGGACCUCACAGGGUUUCCGUUUUUUUCUUUUGCUGAUAGUUGGGUUGCAGCCGUGGCAAGCGCCGAGGCCGCCUCCGCAUUCUUUAAGUCGCUUCAGUCCUACAAAAAGAAGGGCUACUUGAUCACUCUUAGCACCCCUGUCAUUGAAAUUGGUGCAUACACUAAUAUAUAUGAAAUGUCUGGAGAAGUUGAUAACGGUAUGAAGGAGCACUACAGGAGCUUAGGGCUGGAGCUGGGUAGCCUCUACUCCGUCGUGGAUGUUCGACGCUUCAGGUUUCCGGAUGUUCUGCUCAUGAAGAUUCGAGGUGUGUGUGGGGGAUGCGGCCUGAAAUGGACGGGUGCGUGGAGUGAAGCAAGUGGAAAAUGGAAGAGACAUCCAAUUGUCCGCCUUUCGUGUCAACCCGGCAAAAACGACGAUGGAACAUUUUGGAUGGAGUGGAGUGACAUUUCGCGGUUCUUUUCCUCCGGGGGUGUCUGCAUGGUGCGGAGGAAAUGGUUUGACUACCGCAUCCGCGGUUUCUUUCAAGGCCCCACGCCGAAUUUUUUCCUUGAGGUGGUGGCGAAGCGAGAAGUGGACGCAUUUUUGACGCUCUCGCAGCGCGAUAACCGCGGCCUACCGGGGGAGGACCCCGACGCGCUCUACAAGGGCCUUCUCAUCAGCGUCUCCCGCUACCACUCGGAGACGGACACACACGUGCUGCACGCCAACAGCACGCUUGACCCGGAGGCACCGUCGCAAGACGCCUGCAGUUUUUACUUCACCCGAGAUGUGGGCAUGUGGGUGAGGUUUCUGCCAGAGCACUCACCGUAUUACGUCUUCCCGCGUGUCGGGGAAAAUUCAGCGGAAUCGAUGAAGGCCUUCACGUUGGGGCUUCUCUCGCGGCGGAAAGUGGGAAAAGGCGGGCUGCAUGUGAAUUUUAGGCGGUUGUCGACGUCAGAAAAGCCACUGGAGAUCGGAAUGCAGGCCGCAUUGCACGCCGCACAACCGCAGCGUAUGAGUUUUCAAUACAAAAAACCCAAACGACCCGCUGUGCUCCGUGAGGGUGUGUCCAUACAAGACUCGAAGAAAGUAACGUAG